AUGAUUGUGCUAUGGAUUACAAUGCAUUUUCUUCAUCAGGGACAUUCUCUGGUUCCAGUGAAAAACGUUCAGCUUGGUGAAUCAGUGACAUUAUCAUGUGAUUUACCCAUUAAAGAGUUUGGCACUAGAAUAAUCUACUGGUACAAGCAGAAUGUCGGGGAUGGUCUGAAAUUAAUUGUGACACAGUCAAAAUCGGCAACACCAGAGUAUAGCCCUGAAUUUUCUAGAACAAGAUUUGAUGCACAGAAGGAUGAGAAAUUUAGCAACCUGACCAUUUUGAACACAAUUCAAGAGGACGAGGGACUCUAUCACUGUGGAAUAGCAGAGUGGAUGUAUCCCAUUCAGUGGAGUGAGACAUAUUUGUUAGUAAAAGGAAAUACUCAGAAGACAUCAAAUUAUACUGUUGUUCAGUGGCUAACAGUUACAGACCCGCUCCAUCCAGGAGACACAGUGACUCUGCAAUGCUCAGUCAUCUCUGUCUCUGACAACAACACAUGUCCAGGAGAUCUCAGUGUCCUUUGGCUCAGAGUCAAAUCUAAUAAAUCUCAUCCAAACAUUAUCUACACUGAUAGAAAAAGACGUAAUGAAUGUGAGAACAGAUCUGAGCCUCAGAAGAGAUGUGUUUUUCACUUCACUAAGAACGUCAGCUCCUCUGAUGCUGGGACUUACUACUGUGCUGUGGCCACAUGUGGGGAGAUAUUAUUUGGAAAUGGAACUACACUGGAACUUGUGCAACCGGCACAGACAGCAUUCAUUCACGUGCUGAUAUUAAUAAUUUGUUUGGCUAUAUCAGUCAUUGGAAAUAUUUUCUUCAUCUGCAACCGAAGAAUAUGUAAAUCAUUUCAAGGAACAGAUGGUGCUCUAUCAGAAGCACACACUGACAAGUUACACAAACCAGCUGAAGCUGAUGACCAACUAAACUAUGCUGCACUCAGAUUCUCAGAGAGAAAAACAAGAGGAAGAAGGAAGAAAGAGUUUGCUGAGGACAGCGUCUACUCUCAAGUUAAAUGUUGAUGCCAAUAUCAGUGUUGAAU